AUGGACGUGGACGUGGUCGUGGACGUGGACGUGGACUUGGACGUGGACGUGGACGUGGACGUGGACCUGGACGUGGACGUCGACUUGGACGUGGACGUGGACGUGGUCGUGGACGUGGACGUGGUCGUGGACGUGGUCGUGGACGUGGACGUGGACGUGGACGUGGACGUGGUCGUGGACGUGGACGUGGACGUGGACGUGGACGUGGACGUGGACGUGGACGUGGUCAUGGACGUGGACGUGGACGUGGACGUGGUGGUGGACGUGGACGUGGACGUGGACGUGGACGUGGACGUGGACGUGGACCUAGACAUGGACGUGGACGUGGACGUGGACGUGGACGUGGACGUGGUCGUGGUCGUGGACGUGGAGGUGGUCGUGGACGUGGACGUGGAGGUGGUCGUGGACGUGGACGUGGACGUGGUCGUGGACGUGGACGUGGACGUGGACGUGGUCGUGGUCGUGGACGUGGACGUGGACGUGGACGUGGACGUGGAGGUGGACGUGGACGUGGACGUGGAGGUGGACGUGGUCGUGGACGUGGACGUGGACGUGGACGUGGUCGUGGACGUGGACGUGGACGUGGACGUGGACGUGGACGUGGACGUGGACGUGGUCGUGGACGUGGUCGUGGACGUGGACGUGGACUUUAACGUGGACUUGGACGUGGACGUGGACGUGGACGUGGACGUGGACGUGGUCGUGGACGUGGACGUGGACGUGGACGUGGACGUGGACCUGGACGUGGACGUGGACUUGGACGUGGACGUGGACGUGGACGUGGACGUGGACGUGGUCGUGGACGUGGACGUGGACGUGGACGUGGACGUGGACGUGGUCGUGGACGUGGACGUGGACGUGGACGUGGACGUGGUCGUGGACGUGGACGUGGACGUGGACGUGGACGUGGACGUGGUUGUGGACGUGGACGUGGUCCUGGACGUGGACGUGGACGUGGACGUGGUCGUGGACGUGGACGUGGACGUGGACUUGGACGUAGACGUGGACGUGGACGUGGAAGACGUGGACGUGGACGUGGAGGACGUGGACGUGGACGUGGACGUGGACGUGGAGGACAUGGACGUGGACGUGGACGUAAACGUGGUCGUGGACGUGGACGCGGACGUGGACGUGGUCGUGGACGUGGACGUGGACGUGGUCGUGGACGUGGACGUGGAUGUGGACGUGGACCUGGACGUGGACGUGGACGUGGACGUGGUCGUGGACGUCGACGUGGACGUGGACGUGGUCGUUGACGUGGACGUGGACGUGGUCGUGGAUGUGGACGUGGACGUGGACGUGGACGUGGUCGUGGACGUGGACCUGGACCUGGACGUGGACGUGGACGUUGACAUGGACGUGGAGGACGUGGUGGUGGAGGUGGAGGACGUGGACGUGGACGUGGACGUGGUCGUGGACGUGGACGUGGACGUGGACGUGGACUUGGACGUGGACGUGGACGUGGACGUGGACCUGGACGUGGACUUGGACUUGGACGUGGUCGUGGACGUGGACGUGGACGUGGACGUGGACUACCGCACCACGCUUACGCCGCUUAGUCGGCCAGUGGCAGUCUCCUUGGCAGACCCCUCUCGGGGUCCUGUCCUUGCCCACUUCUCCACUGUUCUACCGUGUUCGGCGGCCCCUUCUGGCACCCUGUCGGGUCUUUACCUCCCCUCGUUCUCUACGAACUUGGUGAGUGGUGCUGACCUCCAGGAUGGAGGGGUUCACCAGUUCACUCCUGCGAGUCAGCGAGUGACCCACUGUACCUGUGCUCGGAUGGGCCGUCACUUGGCCAUGUUUACCCGUCCGCCGGGGUCGAGCUUGUACACACUGACUACUGAGUCUCCUCCGGUCGUUGAGUCUGCUUUGGUAGCCGCAUCGGGUCAGCACCACCGCUUUGGUCACCCCUCCCUGCGUCGUCUUCGAGGCAUGGCCUCCCGUGUCCUUGUCUCUGGUCUCCCCCGGUCCCUCCCUUCCCUUCCUCCGGGGCCUGCCCCCACCUGCGUUCCCUGCGUCGAGGGGCGGCAGCGCGCUGCUCCUCACUCCUCCGAGUUUCCUCCGACAGAGGCUCCGCUGCAGACGCUUCACAUGGACGUGUGGGGCCCAGCCCGCGUCCGUGGACAAGGUCACGAGCGUUACUUUCUGCUGGUGGUUGACGACUACUCGCGUUACACCUCAGUCUUCCCCUUGCGCAACAAGGGUGAGGUCACUGAGGCGGAGAGUUCUCCUCUGGCCUUCUACGAGCCUUCUGUCGUGCACGAGGCAUUCGCCAGACCUUCACGCUUCCGGACUCUCCGUAGCAAAAUGGGAUCGCUGAGCGCCGCAUUGGCAUGCGUCUUCCUUGGCUUCCCCCUUGACGCGCCGGGCUGGCAGUUCUACCACCCCACCUCGCGCCGUGUUCUGUCCUCCCAGGACGUCACGUUUGACGAGUCGGUUCCCUACUACCGUGUGUCUCAGGUAGACCCAGUCGACCCUGUCGAGGUAGCUGUUAGGGGUGCUGCUAGGGGUGCUGAGCCUGGAGGUGCUGACUCUGGGGGUGCUACGCCUGGGGGUGCUGAGCCUGGGGGUGCUACGCCUGGGGGUACUGCGUCUGGGGAUGCUGAGCCUGGGGGUGCUGACUCUGGGGGUGGUGCGUCUGGGGGUGCGGAGUCUGAGGGAGCUGCGGGAGCUAGAGGCGAGCUGCUGGAGCUGGAGGUGCUGCGGGUGCUGGAGGUUCUGCUGCUACUGAGGGUGCUAGUGCCGCGGGUCCCGGAGGUGCUCGUACUGGGAGUACUGGAGCUGCUGGGCCUGCGGGUGCUUCUCGUAGCUGGUGGUGCUGCGGGCGUCGGUGCUACUGAGGGUGCUGGAGCUGGACCCGCUGCGUCUUCUGGUGGUCCGGCUGGAGCUGGAGCUGCUGGGGGUGUUGGCGCUGAGGGUGCCUCUGGUGAAGGUGCCUCUGAGGGUAUUGGAGUUGGCGUUGCUGGAGCUGGGGGUGCUGCUGGCGCUGGUGCAGUCAUUCGGGGUGCAGGUGCUGUCCCUUCUAGUGCUGGUGGUGCAGAGCGGCCGCGGCCGUACUUCGUUCCGCUCCUUGAGCAGAUUCUUGGUCUUCCGCCCUCUGCUAGUCCGGCUCCUCCCUUAGAGUGUCCACCGCCUGUCCAGUCCGAGUCACAGUUACAGCCUACCUCUCCUCUGCCUGCUCCUUCUCCCUACACAAGUCCUACUGGAGGUCUUGCUGAGCGUCGUGAGCCUGAGUCUCGUCCUGCGUCGCAUGUCCGUGCUGCUUGCACUAGUAGUCGUGGUUCGCGUCAGCGUCCUCCCCCUGUCCCCGGCACGCACCGGAUGUCUCUGCGUCCUUCCACUGCUCCGCUACGUGCCCCUUUGCCUUCUCCUCCUGAGUCCUCUCUUCCUGUUCUUGCUGACCCGGAGUCGGACUCCCUUCGUGCUGCCAGUCCUACUGUCACGCGUCUCCUUGCCACUGUCGUCACUGACCCUUCCUUUGAGUCCGCUGCUGUGUCUGCCUUAGUUUCUGAGCUUGUCGACUUCGCUGCUCGCUGUCGCCUAGACUACGCUGCUAGUCUUGUCGCUGAGUCUGAGUCUGUCUGUCCUCUGUCCGUCGGGGGUGAGUCUGCCCUUGGCACGGACGUCCUUGAGGACAGGCAGGAGGAGUUCCAGUGCUUUGCUGCUGCUUCACCUCAUCUCGUGUCCAUGCUGCUUGCCCCUAAGAAAGACCCAUAUGCACCAGACAUCCCGACUCCACGCUCUUACACGGAGGCAAUAGAGGGUCCCUACUCCUCUCAGUGGCAGGCGGCCAUGGAUGCAGAGAUGGCUUCCUGGAAGUCCACAGGCACCUACGUCGACAAGGUUCCCCCUCCUGGGGCGAACAUCGUCAGUGGCAUGUGGAUUUUCAGGGUGAAGCGGCCGCCGGGUUCUCCGCCUGUCUUCAAGGCGCGCUACGUGGCUCGUGGCUUCAGUCAGCGGCAGGGAGUUGACUACUUUCAUACCUUCUCUCCCACCCCGAAGAUGACCACUCUUCGGGUACUGCUGCACAUAGCCGCUCACCGUGACUACGAGCUUCACUCUCUAGACUUCAGCAGUGCUUUCUUGCAGGGCAGCCUGCACGAGGAGAUCUGGCUGCGCCACCCACCUGGCUUCACUGGGUCUUUUCCUCCUGGUACCCAGUGGAGCCUCCGGCGGCCAGUCUACGGUCUCCGCCAGGCACCUCGUAAGUGGCACGACACACUGAGGACUACACUUGCGGCUCUUGGGUUUGCUCCCUCUACUGCCGACCCGUUGUUGUUUCUGCGCACCAACACUUCUUUGCCACCGUUCUACAUCCUCAUGUACGUCGACGACUUGGUCUUUGCCACAGCUGACACUGCUGGACUCGCCCACGUGAAGUCCGAGCUGCAGAAGAGACACACGUGCACAGACCUGGGUGAACUGCGCAGCUACCUUGGCUUGCAGAUCACCCGGGACAGAGCACAGCGCACCAUUACCCUGACUCAGUCACACAUGGUGCAGCAGGUCCUUCAGCGCUUCGGCUUCACGUACUCCUCGCCUCAGGCCACUCCUCUGUCUACUCGCCACUCGCUCUCAGCUCUGCCUUCGGAUGAGUCCGUAGAGUCGAGUGGCCCGUACCCAGAGCUUGUUGGCUGCCUCAUGUACCUGAUGACCUGCACACGACCUGACCUUGCAUACCCUCUUAGCAUUCUCGCACGCUAUGUUGCUCCUGGGAGACACCGACCAGAGCACAUGGCUGCAGCGAAGAGGGUGUUGCGCUACUUGUGCAGUACGUCGGGCAUGGGGCUAGUGCUUGGAGGGCGGAGUCCAGUGGUCCUCACUGGUCACGCAGACGCUUCUUGGGCUGACGACCAGGCUACGCAGCGGUCGUCACAGGGUUACACCUUCAGCCUUGGUUCCGGCUCUGUUUCGUGGCGGUCUACGCGCUCGUCUUCUGUUCUCGGCUCCAGUUGUGAGGCUGAGAUCUACGCAGGGGCCAUGGCUGCACAGGAGCUACGCUGGCUCACCUACCUGCUGACUGACCUAGGAGAGCCGCCUCGUUCUCCUCCAGUUCUCUACGUAGACAACAAGGCCAUGCUGGCCUUGUGUCGGGAGCACAGACUGGAGCACAGAACGAAGCAGAUUGCUCUUCGCUACUUCCUUGCUCGUGAGCUGCAGCAGCGAGGUCAGCUGCGCCUUGCUUACGUGGCCUAUGAGGCCAACACUGCUGAUAUCUUCACCAAGGCACUUGCGCCUUGUGAUCAUCAGCGCUUCUGUACUCUGUUAGGUCUUGUACCUACCUUGCCUCACUUGCUCACUUCUUGA